AUGCACGGACAACUAUGGCAUGGCCUGGCGGCCAUUGCUACCCUUGCGGGUUGCGCCCUUGCAAAUCCUCUUGGGUAUUGGAAUGUGCAAGGAAAUGCAAGCUUGAACACUGAGCACUUGAUGGGAAGAGAUACGACUGAAUUCGAUCAGACAGAUCUUUCCUUCAUCACAAGAAUGGCUGCCAUCGGCGACUCCUACUCGGCCGGAAUUGGUGCGGGUGACCGACUUGGAAGUGUGCUCGACGCACUUGACUCGACAAGUGAUUGGGCGUGCAGUCGCUAUGACCACGCGUAUCCUUAUCUCAUCAAUACCGACGAACGGCUAGGGGAUCCAGGUACACGAACGUUUGAGUUCAAGUCCUGCUCUGGUGCAGUCAUAAGCGAUGUCAUCAACGACCAGAUCCCCAACAUCAGCGGGAACCAACAGGUUAUAUUGUUGUCAGCCGGUGGUAAUGACGCUGAGCUUUCAAACAUCCUGAAUCAGUGUAUCUUUCAAUGGUCUGCAUUACAGGCUGUUCAGGUGAAUCAGGCCAAGACAGCGGCGCUUGCAAAUCAAGACUAUACAUGGGCGGAGACUUUUGACUGGGACUCGCUAGGCUAUGGUUGCGAUGGACAAUUGACUCGCACAAAAAACAUCAUCGAUGGAGAUGCCUUUAGCAUGAGGCUGGAUUCCGUUAUCGAGGCCGCAAAAGAAAAGCUAGCAUCAGACUAUGCCAAAUUCUUUGCCGAGGAUCUAUCAUCUGAGUGUGAUGAUGUUAGCUGGUCAACCUGGAUCUAUCCGUUUCAAGGCAGUGAGAAACUUACGAAAGAUCAUCGGAAAAUAAUGAACGACCUCGUCGACGCUGCCAACUCACAAAUUGUUUUCAAGUUUGUAGAUUACGAUUCUUACGUCGGCCAUUUCAACGGCCGCUUUUGUGAAGACGGUGUCGACGAAUCAACUUCUGAAAGCAAUACAAGAACCGGUCUCAUGUUCUACGAGCUUAGCACUUGGGACCUUAUCGGCGGCAAUCCUUGGAAGCGAAGCGUAGACUACCCUUUGGAAGGAACAUUCGAAGGCACCGUGAAUCAAUUAGCGCAAAUCACACUUCUGAUGGACACAGACGCCGAAUUAGCAGACCAGGAUAUGAUCUCUGACGCUGCUACUGCUUCUAUUGCCGCCUAUGACGAGGUAGAACUCAGCAGUGCCGGAAUUCCAAAUAUCCUACCAGACGGUUGCGUGGUGAUGAAUAGGUACGGGCGUGUCUUUCAUCCCCAGAUCCUGCUUCACCAGAUCAUUGCCGAGCUGGUGAUCUAUGAAAUGGUCAAUAAGAAUGAGCAGGAUAAUGGGUUUCCAGCAAUCCCAGAGGAGUUGUCCUUCGGCUCGUGUCCUCGCUUUCCUUCGUCCGGCUCAAAUUCUUCAGAUGGCCAACAAAUUGCGGUGGCGUCGUACAUCAAUCCGCUCGCAGACCCGGCGGCCUGGGACCGACUUAUUACCUAUCCCCUCGAGAAGAUGCCCAUAUUAGUUGCCAAUGUCGUGAAUGGCCCAGACUCUGCCGUCGACAAGACAUGGGCUGAUGUGAUUAAUCGAGCUUCGGCUUCUGGGAAAAUUGUCCUCGGCUACGUACGGACCGGGUACCUUGGUGUGAGCGAUCAGAAAUUCACCACUCGGCUAGGCUCAGGAGAUUUGGCGGACUGGACCGCGCAAAUUGAGGAAGAUGUCGAUAUGUGGUACACGCUUUAUGGUAGCAGGAUUGGUGGGAUCUUUUUCGACGAGGGUUGGCCCGAAUGUGGCGACAACAAUGAAUACGUGGACCUAUACAAGUAUAUCAACGACUAUACCAAGCGUACCCAUCCCGGCGCCUACACAGUCCUCAAUCCUGGGUCACCCAUGGCGUCUUGCUUCGAGGAUACUAUGGACACACUGCUGACUUUCGAGCUGUCUUACGAGGCGUACACUAAUUCUUACACUCCCAACGAUUGGACACCGAAGGACCCGCGGAAACUAUGGCACAUCGUAUACAACGUCCCGGAAUCCGCGGUUGGUGAGGUCACCAAACUAGCUAAGGAGCGUGGUGCUGGCUUCCUUCAGCUCACAGAUGACACUUUGCCGAACCCAUAUGACACUCUUCCCGUCGAUUCCUACGUCCAGAGCAUGAUGGAUGCAAUCGAGGGUGGCUCUCCGUUGAACGCUGAUGCGUCAUCCUGGAGAUCAGGAAGCGCUGCAGCAGCGGUGUCUGGAUUGUCAGUUUUGACCUCAGACUAUACCUCUGCUCAAUUGUCCUGGGACGCGGCCUUGAAUGCUCUUGGGUAUUACGUGUAUUCGGGGGAUAGCGUUAUUGCAAGCGUCCCUAACUCAAUGACUACAAUUACUAUUGGCGGGCUCCAACCCGGAGCUAGGCACGCAUUCCACGUAAGUGCAGUGGGAGGAGGGGGCAAUCUUGGGUCCGCUUCCAGUACGGUUGCGGUCAUCACCGAAUCCUUGCCGAAUGGAAACACCAUCGCCAACUACCACUCCUCUCCAGGGCCAGACUCGACCACUAUCCAAGCUGAUAUUCUUGUUCCUUACGCUUUCAUCCGCCUCUAUAUCUGGAACUCGGUGGGGUGUGAGUUCGACACCGAUCCGGGAUGGAGUGUCAACUUCAAGAUCGACGAGUACGUCUGCACUCACUACAUGGUUGAGGGCACCACGCUAUACAAAUACAGUGGCACACUUCCCGAAGGCUCUACAGCCCCGCCGUGGGCGUGGUCAGUGGUGGGGCCCAUCACUCUGGAUGUCAAGGACUAUACCUAUACGUGGACCUUGCCCCUUGGAACAUCUACUAUCGAUACAAGCAAAUUCGUCAUCCAGGCACAAGGCUACAACCCCUUGACCAACGUCUUCGAGCCUGACCCCAGCGACUACACCUGCAAGGGUUCGUCCAUGUGCACGACCCCCGAUUUUCUGAAGUGGUGCGACCACGCCGUCAACACCCUGCAGCGAAACGACGACACUUCCUAUUUUGCUACUUCUGCGUGA